GCAGAGAAAGAGAAAGAAAGAGCUGUGGACAGGAGAGCAGGAGAGACGAGAGGACACCAGAAGUGUAGUGAAGCUGUAGACGAGACCGGGGAACCUCUGGAGUCAACAUCCGACGUCAAGGAUCUGAAGACAAACAAGGCAACCUCGACUCGCUUACGCAGUCUUUACGAUCACACGCACUCCAUCUGCACACACCAGCAUUUCACUUACUCGUGUCACACGCACCAACACACGUGCAAACACAGGCACGCGCACGCACACACGUCCAGAACUUUGCACACACGUCGAGCAGCAGCAUGUUUGAGGAGCAGGCCACCAAGGUCAAGAUCACGUCCGUGGUGAUUGUGGUGGGCAUGUCGGCGAUGCUGGCGGCGGUGGUGACUGACCACUGGGCCGUGCUCAGCCCCCGGGUGGAGAAGCUCAACGCUACGUGCGAGGCGGCCCACUUUGGCCUCUGGAGGCUCUGCAAGAAGACCAUCUUCAUCGUGGAGGAGGACCCUCAGGGCAAAGGCUGUGGCCCCAUCAGCUUACCUGGAGCGAAAAACUGCUCCUACUUCAAACACUUUACCUCGGGGGAAGAAGCUGAAGUUUUUGAAGUGAAGACCCAGAAAGAGUACAACAUCUCAGCGGCAGCCAUCGCCAUCUUUAGUCUGUUCUUCAUGAUCCUGGGCACCCUCUGUGUCAUCUUCUCUUUCGGGAAGGGACGGGACUACCUGCUCCGGCCUGCUGGGAUGUUUUUCGCCUUCGCAGGCCUCUGUAUCAUCAUUUCGGUUGAGGUAAUGCGCCAAUCUGUCAGGCGCAUGAUCGACAGUGAUGAGACCAUCUGGAUUGAAUACCACUACUCCUGGUCCUUUACCUGCGCCUGCGCCUCCUUCACCCUGCUCAUCCUCAGCGGAGGCGCCCUGCUCCUCAUCUCCAUGCCUCACAUGCCACGUAACCCCUGGGAGACCUGCAUGGACGCUGAGCCUGACACCUUAGAUUAGCCACAGGUGAUGCAAUGUCUCAGAUCUUGAUUGAAAUGACAAAAAACACAAGUGGUUUUACAUCUUUUAGCCCUUUAACUACAUAUCAUAUCCCACAUAUUUAUCAUUACUGCAAGCUAUUUUCCAGAGUAUUAAAACGUUUUUCCCAUCCUCCAUGUCCAUUGAUUUCAGUUUAUGUUAGUAAAAUAUGAAAAUCAACUUGGAGAGAUUUGUGAUAGAUAACCAGCCACAGCAAAAACAAUGAAGCCCAUGUUGUCUUCACAGGGUAAAGCAGCCAGGAACACGAAUUGUUUUGAUCCCCAGGGGAUCCCGGUCCCCAGAAUAAAAUGCUGGUAUUGCAUGUUUCUACGAACAACAGUUACAUUUGCACGUUAAACUGGAGCCAACAAAGACAGGACUCAGAUGUAAGACUCAAAAACACAUCGCUUUUUUACUGCAAUCAGUCCAAAAACACAAAGGUAUCCAAAGGCAGUGGGCUUAAACAGGGUUAAACAUGCAAAAAUCUGGCCAAAUCCAAAAGAACACUUGGGAAAAAUGGCCAGAACACACACUCAGACAAAUGAGAAUGAACUGGCAACAGACACAGGGUAGCACAAGGAGUAAAUACACAAGGGAGGAGGGGUAAUGAGGGACAGGUGAAACCAAUCAGGGCGGGGCAGGUAAUCACACAAGAGCGUACCUGAAAUGAGAGACAAGGAUGAGUAUCUGAAAACAAGGAAAACAUGACCUUAUCGAGGACCUCAGGGUGUAACACAUGUUUCAUACAUAUCAUUAACAUUUCUAAAGUGACGUGGUUCAGAUUACAUGUAGCUGAGUUUCUCAUCAGGAGGUGGAGGGAAUGGUGGAUGGUGUCACACCUAGGCAAGAUGACAGAAGCAGAUGAUUGUUCAAGACCAACAAACAACAAAAGUGGAUAUUUUUUAACAAAGGGAAACGUAAAGUUCCAGGAUAUAAUGUACAAAUGUAACAUAUCUGUGGUUUGCAGAAACGUAAAAUGCCAACGUUUAUUCUGGUGACUGGGUAUAAACUCUUCCUGAGCUGAGGAAUGAUUAAGUUACAUCCAAGAUGUUGAAGUCAUCUGCUGAGCAACAACUAUUUUAAAGGAAAAAUGCACCCAACUCACUUUAAAAAACAAACAAACAAAAAAACAAGGUCCAUGUGUGCUUAUUAAUUGUUUUAAGGGUUUGGUAGAUGCAGUGCUUGUCAACAGCAGUGUCUUAAGUUCAGGAUGUUGAAGCUUUCCCCAAGCACCCAAACACACCCACAAGUUAAACACACUAACACACUAAACCAGAUAAACGCUUUGUUUAAAGUGAAGUAGUGAAUUGUUGUAAUGGGCCUCUGUCACUGCAGCAGCUUCUUUUCUCCAAGGACUUCCUACGAUAAAUCAAUGACAUUUACUGUCUAGAGAGAGACCGCUCUCCUGAUGCUCCCUUACUGACAUCAAUCACACACUUCAGGUCAGUGUUUCAGACCUUGGUGACCAGGACCUCUAAUCCAUAGUGUUGUACAUGCUAUGUGGUGAACCUUGGGGUUUUUAUCAAAUGUAUUCUGCUUUUAGUCUGCAUUUAAAAAUAACUGACCGUUUGCUAAAUCCUUGGCCUCAACAGCCAUUGUCCGAACAUAACUGUAACCAUGCGCGGCAUGUCUUUCAAGCUAAAGAUUUCGCCACGUUAAAGCGCUGUGCACCUGCUUGGACAGUAAGUGUUAUUGCAAAGCCAGUGGUAAUUCACUGGUAAGUAAUUAAUUUUUUCAGGGUUGCAGGUACAAUAAUACAAACAACAAUCUAAACAGAGUUAUGUUUGAAUGAAACAACAGUCUCUUUCAUAAUUGAUUGUCAUACUUUAAUUAUUAGGACUGUAAACAACUGUAAACGGGAACACAUAUAUGUACACCAUUCUUCCUGAAAUUCAUUUAUGAGUUUAUACAAUAUCCCACCCCCGCACCAACCCCUAAACAGACACGUAUGGAAGACACUACGAAUGACACCUCAUCUAUGCAAGCACAGAACAAACAACGUGUAUUAAAAUACGUAGCCUACGUACAAUUACACUCACGGAAAGCAAUGUUUUAAUACAUAUCUUAAUGGUAGUAACAGUCACAGUUCUUAUAAAUAAAUCUUGCAUGUCGUUGCUGUCCAAUGGAGACCACCCAAUUCCAAAGCAUAGGGGUCCUGAACCUCUUAAUGUGACUGAAUGUGGGAGUGUUUCUACAUAAACUGAGACACAUCUAACACUUCUGAAGCUGUACAACCAACAAGGCUGCUAAAAUGGGUGUUCCCUCUAAGCUAUGAGAAGUUGACAUACUGGAGGUGCAUGGCUCUCACAGGACAACGACAUACAUACAUACAUACACAGAUACAUAAAGUUAAAGGUCAUUAUCGAUAUAUUCAUGUACCUCUGAAGCCCAACUUGUAGUUUGCCUUCUAUACUAAUUAAGACUGGCUGCCCGGGGAGCAGGAAUUGGACCAUUACAUUCUUAUAUGAAUGAUUUUAUGUAUGAUAAUCACAGCUUUGUCUCCAUUGUACACUGCAUAUGGAAAGCAGCCAUAGCUAAGGGGGCGUGGCUUAGCAAAUGGUCCAUUACUUUGCCACAUUACUGGGCUGUGAAGGUACCUUCACAUAAACAUCCAUAAGAAAUGUAUUUAAGGAGAAAAUAUAGAUGUUUGUUGCACUUAUAUGUAUAUGUAUAUUUUUUGCAAUGCUGUAUUAAAUUGUGUUACUUUUAAUUUGGGGCCGUAAAUGCCUAAAGCUAAAAUAUUUAGGAUAAGUAUGACACAGAUGACUUUUUCAUUUUAGUAUUACCUAUGAUUGUAAAAUGGUUCCUUAAAGCUUUUCAGUUCUCUCGAUAUUGUUGCUGUCAGAUGAAAACCUCAUUCAAUGGACAGACUUUAUUUUAAGUAGCUUUUUAAUUGUUUCCAUGUUCAAAUCAUAGAUGACCUUUCUGAUUCUCAUGCAAUCAAUAAAAACACACAAAUCAGAUUUCACCUGACAGCAGUAAUUUUUAUUUGGCUCUU